GUUGGCAGAAGCACACGGAAGAAGAAUGCUGGCUUUUUAGGUACAGACAUGAACGUUGCGGAAGUGGCGAGCUUGUUGCUACGGACAGAAGAAAAGUUCUCAGCGUACCUGGCAAGGAUCAACAGCGUCAUCCUUACUCCCCUGUUGCAGUCAGGCUCUUUUGAGCAUCUGGAUCUUUUCUUGCUGUUGAACGACCAUUUCCACGUUCUCUGGGACUUGACGGAAGAGUGCACCCGAACCUUGAAGCAAACCGUUGCUUCAGAAUCCAUCAGUGUCCAAGAUGUCUACCUCGUUUGGAAAGCGGACCUGUUUCUGGAUCGGUACAUCCAGUAUUUUUCCACUUUUGCCAGCUGCGUUGUACUUCAAGGGUUCGAACAUGCUGCCAGGAAUAAAAGCGAGGCCUGGAGGUCACACAAGCCGGUGCUGCAGGAGUUCCUUGCCGACUUCUCCCUGGACGCCUCGGUAGCCGUGGCCCUCCAUACGGUGCUGCACAAGCCCUUCUGGGAUCAGCUUCAGCAAUACAGCCUCAUCCUAUCCAAGCUCAAGGAAGCUGCUGGCCAGUGCCCUGAGAGCGACACAAUCGCUGAUGCUACAGACAAGUUUGGAAAGCUGCGGUCUUUCGUCAGCCAGCUCUUGGACGAAGCUUGUCUUACCAGAAGUCUGUGGAAAUCCCUGGGACACAAAUUCACGGAUGUUCUCUGUGUUCCGGAGCGGAGGUUGCUAGAAGACAGCCGAAACCUUACAGUCUUUCCCAGCAUGGGCCGGUCUGACCGCGUUCUGCUCUUCAAUGAUAUCUUAGUGCUGAUCCAGGGGAGCAGCUUCCAAAGUUUUGACCUGAAGCUCGUGUGGGUGGAUACAGCGGAGAGAGAAAUGAGGCAGUAUGGUCUCCGCAUCACUGCCCCAGAGGAGGAGUUUUUCCUCUUGGCUAAAGAUCCCAAAGCACGGGCUGUCUGGCGGUGGAAGCUGAAUCAGGCGGUUCGCCAGGCCCUGAACGGAAAGCGGGACUUUCCUUUGUGGAGCAGAGAUGGAGACGGGAACGACCCUCCGAUGUGCCGCCUCUUCUCCUUCACUUUCAGGGCCGAAGGGAGGCUGAAGAACGCCGUUUACGAUGGCGAAUGGUGCCUGGGGAGGCCCCACGGCAAGGGGACGCUGACGUGGCCAGAUGGCCAGAAUUAUGUCGGAGACUUCAAAGAAGGCUUGGAACAUGGGUUUGGGAUCUGCCUUGUCCCACGGGUGUCUGAGGAUCGCUAUGACUGUUACAAGUGCCACUGGCAGCAAGGGAAGAUGAGGGGUUACGGGAUCUGUGAAUACGGUGAUGAGAUGGUCUACAAAGGGUAUUUCAAGGACAACAUGCGCCACGGGUUUGGCAUCUUGGAAAACCCAUCUUGUGCCGAGCACCCAUUUAAAUACACGGGAAACUGGGAAAACGACAAAAGAAGCGGCUAUGGUGUUUGGGAUGACACGGAGAGGGCAGAGAGGUACAUCGGAAUGUGGCACGAAGACCAGAGACACGGACCGGGAAUUGUGGUCACGCAGUCCGGCGGAUGCUAUCAAAGGAUGUUCCACGUGGAUAAGAUGGUGGGCUCUGGGACUCUUCUGCUGGAAGACGACUCUGUCUACGAGGGGAACUUCACACCGGAUUUAACUUUUGUCGGAAAGGGGAAACUGACCUUCCCGAAUGGCUUCACCCUGGAAGGGACCUUCAGCAACAAAUCCAGCCAAGGCCUGCGGACCCAAGGGAUCCUGGACACCUCUGGAGAACAACCGGAUCAACACAUGACCAAGCUCCAGCUGGGCCAGAAGGAAUUCCCUGUGGAGAGGAGAUGGGAAGCCCUCUUCAGCCAGUUCCUGGCGUUCCUCCGUUCCGGAUGUCGAGGAGAAACAGAGGAGGCUUUCAUGGGUUUCCACGUCCAGACGAGCAAAGAGCUGAGGAAGUCUCAGGAGUACCUGUUUUGCGAAAGAGAAAAUGAAGAUGUUCCAGUAAGGGUGCAUGUCCUUGGAGAACUAAUUGUCCACCAGGAGCAGGGGACCUUACAAAGCUAUUUGGAACAGGCUUUCCAGAAUUCUCUGCACCCCUUAGGAAAGCUGCUGAAGAUGCUGACUUUGGUCUUCCAGGCCACCUACUCGACAAUUGGAGCUAACAAGCACCUGCUGACCAUGGCUCAAGAGGAGGUCAAGCAUUAUGCCAUGAAAAUAUGGGAAUUCUACCAGGGCUUGCUGCGUCUUGCCUUGGAGCGCAAAGGUGGGCCGUGCUCUGACAGCUUGGAGAACAGUGGCUUGAAUGGACCCAAUGCCAUCCUUCCUCUCAUCCUGCCGUACUUCUAUCCGGAUCUUUUCAUGCUGUACAUGGUCUACCACGAGAAGGAGGAUGACCUCUACUGCCAGGGGAUUGUUGAUCUGAGUCAGGAAACAGAUGUGAAGCUUUUGGAGUUCCUGGAUGUCCGGAAACACUUCUGGCCCCUCAAAGACCUUACACUAACCAAGCACCAGAGACGGUCCCUCGUCAAAGACCGGUGCUUCCUCUCCGCUACUGACUGUCUAAGGAAUCUAAUCACAACCGUUGACCCCCAGGAAAAACUGGACAUCCUCCAAAAGACAUACAAUGAGAUUGCAAAAACAAUAUCUCGGCUGCUGGGGGAGGAGUUUAACCCAUCGAUGGACGAUCUGCUGCCGCUCCUGAUGUAUGUGGUGACUCGAGCCAGGAUACAACGUUUAGGAGCAGAGCUACACCUGAUCAGAGAUCUGAUGGAUCCAACAACCUCCGGAGGCAUGCAUGACUUCCUACUCACGGCACUGGAGUCCUGCUAUGCACUUAUCCAGAAAGAAAUACAAUACCACCAGAGCUGGCACGCAUCGCAGGAUUCUUGAAUGCGGCACACCAGAAUCAUCCUCGCACAUUCAGACUAGCCACUGCGUUGCAGCUUCCAUCUGGAUGAAUGGAACAAGAAGGGACUCACGAGAGCUGCUGCU